UCACAGUCUGUUAUCACAUCUUUACUGUGGAAUGAGUGUGUUUCUGCAGAAAUGAGUUAGAGAAACCACCGAAGCCUGACAGAGUGGGGCUCCGUCGGACUAAUGAACGAAGUGAACAGUGAAAGGUCACUCUCCAGAUUGAAACUGCUUCCUGUAAAUUACACGGCGACCUCUCUGCUUCCUGUUAAAUUCUCAGACACACAUUGAUUUUUUCGUGAGGAGCUCUUUGACUUCUAACACUCAGACACAGAGAUGAUGACCUAUUCACUCUUCACAGAGGUGUGCGGCUUGACUUGACAUCUCUGUCAGUGUGUGUGCACGCCCGUGAGGCGACAGGACGGUCAGGUAGAAACAUGUAGAAAUAGUGUCACAGAUCAAUACGUCAGAGGAGCGGGGAGAGGAACGAGCGUCCUUCUGUCCGAGCGUUACGUAAGCACCAGAUGUUGUGGUGUGAGUGCAGGAGCUUCAGCUUCAGGAUGAUGGAAGCAGCAGCGUUUCUCUCACUCACACACAACAUCCAUCCUCUCAGAUUUUUUCCUGAAUCUUUCAUGUAUUAUUCACAUUACUGAGGGGGAAAACAACAAAUGAGGUAAAAAUAAAUAAAUAAAUAAACAAAUCAUAUUACUGCAUUGCAAUUCCUUUCAUUCCCCCCCUUCGGCAACAAAAGAGUUCCGUGCAUGCAUUUCCAGACUGGAGAGGGGAUUUCAGAUACUGCGUUUGCAGGAGGAGCAGAGACGCUCCAUUGUUCAGAUACAGUAAUCCACGGCUGCCAUCAGCUUCCACUCAAAGUUUCGUGAUGAAGCAUAAAAUGUUACACAAGAGUAGAAUGAAAAAAAAAAAACGGAAAAAAAAAACUGCCCUCUUAAUCUGGAUUAAAUUACUUGUUUUAUCUUCCGAGCUCCAAACCGGUAUAGACCAGCCUCAACCACACUGAGUGGUUCAGUGUCUUUGUGACAUGAUAAAGAAAAAUGUAAAAUAAAAAAUACAAACUAUAGUUUAGUCAAACCCUCAACCCUUGUCUACUGCGUCAUCACUUCCUGGUCUUUACUUUUAAUGUCUCCAUUUAUGACUUAUGGUGAUGACAUUUGAAUAAACCAGCAGUUUAUUUGUCUUGUGCAUUCAGUACUUUAUCAAACACUUGUGUUUUAGGUUCUACUCCUGGUGAGGAUUAGGCAUGCAGCACAAAUCGCUUCACAUCAAGGAAGAUAAUUCAGCUCAGCCACCGAGGCCUUAAACCAGUGACGGAAAACCAGCAGCUCCCUGUGUCCACCUGGUCCACACUGACAGCUCCUGGGGAGGAUUAUGUCCAUGUAGCUGCAGAUCUGAGUUUGACCAGUGAACCACGGCCUCGAGGCAAAUACAGUCCUGCUCUCCUGACGCACAGCAACCAUGGAGGACCCCUACCACAACAAUGUGACCCAGCAGGUGACUGGGGGAGGAGAGUACACCAACACCCAAGAUGGACGAGGUCAACAUGGCUACCCCUACCAAGCAGACUACCCUCCGCAGGAGGAGGACGCAGCAAGUGAUGCCACUGAGGGAGCAGAUGACGACGAUCAGAUGUAUGAGGGCGAGUACCAGGGCAUCCCGCACCCGGACGAGAUCAAGGAGGCGCGACGGGCAGCUCGGAGAGAGGCCAGGAGGAAAGCCCGUCAGGCCGCCCCGCAGGAGGAGGAGGAGGAAAAUUUACCAGAACAAUACGAGGCCAUCAUGGAGGACUGCGGGCACGGCCGCUUCCAGUGGAUGCUGUUCUUUGUUCUGGGCCUGGCCCUGAUGGCCGACGGAGUGGACGGCUUCGUGGUCGGCUUCGUCCUGCCGAGCGCUGAGAAGGACAUGUGCAUAUCCAACGCGGACAAGGGAUUGCUGGGUCUGCUGGUGUACGUGGCCAUGAUGGUGGGGGCCCUGGUGUGGGGGGGUCUGUGCGAUAAGAUGGGCAGGAGGAAAUGUCUCAUCUACGUCCUGACCAUCGACCUGAUCUUCUCCUUACUGUCCUGCUUCGCCCAAAGCUACGGUUUCUUCCUCUUCUUCAGGUUCUGCUCAGGUUUUGGAAUCGGGGGCUCCAUCCCUAUAGUGUACACCUACUUCACUGAGUUCCUGCAGAUGGAUAAACGUGGAGAACAUCUGAGUUGGCUGUGCAUGUUCUGGAUGCUGGGAGGCUUGUACGCCUCCUUCACUGCCUGGGGAAUCAUUCCUCACUAUGGUUGGGGCUUCGCCCUGGGUACGGAGUUCCAGAUGCACAGCUGGAGACUGUUCAUCCUGGUGUGCCUCUUCCCCGCUCUGGCUGCUCUCGUCGGAGUGGUCCUGAUGCCAGAGAGCCCGCGUUUCCUCCUGGAGUGCGCCCGACACGACGAGGCCUGGAUGGUGCUGAGAAAAGUUCACGAUACCAACUGGAAGGCCAAGGGGGAGCCAGAGAGGGUUUUUACCGUGUCAAACAUCAAGACCCCGCAGACACAGGAGGACGAGUUCAUAGAGAUCCAGAGUGACACCGGUACGGCCUUCCAGCGCUGGACGGUCAGACACCUGACCAUGCUGCAGCAGGUCAUGGCCAACAUCAUGUCGUUGUCUGCUCCAGAUAUCAGACUGCAAGGUCUGUUACUGGUCAUCGUCUGGUUUGUCAUUCAGUUCAGCUACCACGGCCUGGGAGUGUGGUUCCCAGAUAUGAUCAAGUACAUGCAGUACGAAGAAUAUGAAUCAAAGGUCAAGGUGUUUCACCGGGAACGUGUGGAACGUUUCCACUUUAACUUCUCUCUGGUCAACCAAAUACACCGGGAGGGCGAGUACAUCCACGACAAGUUUGCUAACAUUGAGAUUAAGUCGGUGAAGUUUGAGGAUUCCCUUUUUGAGAACUGUUACUUCGAGGACGUCAGGUCAACCAACACCUUCUUUGAGAACUGCACCUUCAAAAACACAGUCUUCUACAACACAGAUCUGUGGCAGGAAAAAUUCAAAGAAUGUCGAUUGGAGAACACCACCUUCCUCCACCCGAAGAAGGGCUGUCACCUGAACUUCCAGGAGGAGAAUGACAUCGUCAUCUAUAUGGUCAGCUUCCUGGGCAGUUUGGCUGUGUUGCCUGGCAACAUCAUCUCAGCGCUGUUCAUGGACAAGAUCGGAAGGAUCAGAAUCAUAGGUGAGGGGUGGAGAAAGUACCGUAUACUGUACCAGCACUGGCUGUACUCUGGGAACAGUAGUGGAAAGACCUGAGCAGCAGGUGCAGUACCUGGUACACAUUGAUUAAAGGUACUUUAAUGAGGUACACUUUACUGCUUCCUUGGUGGACUUCUGUCAGUGGUUUGUUUCCACAUGGGAUUAGGUGA